AUGGUUCUCGCGGUCGACCUUCUCAACCCCACCCCUCAGGCUGAGGCCCGCAAGCACAAGCUGAAGACCCUUGUGCCCCAGCCCCGCUCCUUCUUCAUGGACGUCAAGUGCCCCGGUUGCUUCACCAUCACCACCGUCUUCUCCCACGCCCAGACCGUCGUUAUCUGCGCUGGCUGCUCGACCGUCCUGUGCCAGCCCACCGGUGGCAAGGCCCGUCUGACCGAGGGCUGCUCGUUCCGCCGCAAGUAA